GUUGAUAGGAAGUAAGUAUUGGCGGGAAAAGAGGGAAGAGAAGACGCACUGACAUUGUUGUGCCUUCUGCAAUUAAGGCAAGACAUGAGCCUACAUUAUUACAUUAUUAUUGUUACAUUCCUGCAUUAUUACACUAUUAUUAUUACAUUCCUGCAUUAUUACACUAUAACCUUUGUCAUUGUUACAUUAUGGCUUGUGCUAGCAAUGUAGCAUCAGCAAGCUAACAAGAGGCGGUCAUAUUAGCUUAGCACAAACCGGAAUAGAUUAGCACGAUAUAUUAUUUAAACUAUGCAACAACUGUAUACAGUAAACAUACAAUAACAAUGCAGUAUAGAUUUAUUUCAUUACAUGGCGAGAUACAUUAGCUAGCUUUAGCACCAGCAAGCUAACAUGUGACAAGACUUCUUUUAGGAAAAUAACAUGUAUUUUAUUUAUCAACUAACUAGCAAUAAUGUUUCUGUUCUUUUCUGGUAAGACUAGUCACGACAGGGCUACAUUGACCAAAGUUUAAUUGUAUAAGAUGAUUGAAUUCCCUCCAGCAUGAGUUAAUUGCCCCUUAGCUGAAUUCAAGCCAGUUAGCAUUCGCUUAGCAUUAGCUUCUCAAAACUAACAAGAUAGAAAAAUAAUCCAAUAAAUAUCUAGCAACGUUUAUAUGUAUUCAUUCAUUUAUCGUUUGUAUUUAUAGAUAUCUGCUAGAGUAGAUAGUAUUAUUAAUAGGGUAUUUACUUAGCCUACGUAUUUCCUAGAAUGAAUUAAUUUAAACCUCUUCUCACUCCGGCGCUUACCAAAGGCAUGCGCUUAUAAAUUUGAGUGUGAUGUAAGGAUAAUCAUGACAUCGCUUAAUGCCGCAAUACAAUUUAAAGCACAAUGAAUCAUCCCGGGAGUUCUUUUGUUUGGUCUGAAAAGGCAAUUAUAACGUGACACUCUUUAUUUUUACAAGGGGUCAUUCAACAAUUACGUACGCAUUUUUCUCCAGGAUUUUGACCCCAACCCCCGUACGCAAGAUUUACUAUACAAAUGAUGGUACUUAAUUAUGUGCAUUUCCCCCCCAGGAUUUGACCCCCAACCCCACCCCCCUUUGCAUACGUAAUUGUUGAAUGGCUCCCAAGUGCCUGCGUUAUAACACAGCGGUACAAUGUAUACCGGUAUAAUCAAUUGUGAUAUAUUAUGCUGGAUGUUGCACACAGGACUCGGGACAUACAGUAUGUUAUGUAGAUCUAUGCAUAUAUUUAUGUUAAACUAUGUCACCAACAUUAAAACAAUUUUAUUGCUUUGUAAGUAGCGUGCAUACAUUAGCAUUUCUAAAGAUAAUUUUACAUGCGAUUGGUUUUGGCAGCAUGUCGUCUGCGCUAAUGUGCCGGUGUAUAAAUGCUAGUAUACACAAUAACGCCCGGCGGUAAUUCUAGGCAUGCGCUAAUUAUUUUGAGAAACGAGUUUUGACCCUGCGGUAAAUCGAGGCAUGCGCAUACUAUAUACCCGGCGGCAAUUCAAGGAAAUACGGUACAUUGAAUGGCUUUAGCAUCAGCAAGCUAACCAGUUAGCAUUAUAACAGUGUAAAAAAUGAAUAGAAAAACAACAUUUAAUGUGCAAUUUCCGAAAGUCAGCGAAAUCUAAAUGAGAAGUGAUCAUUUAAAGCGGUUUAAAAUGAAGGUUGAAGCAAACAUCAUGAGAGGAGCAUUUGGACAUGUGACGUCAUCUUUGGACAUGACGUCAUCUUUGGACAUGUGACGUCAUCUUUGGACAUGUGAUGUCAUCUUUGGACAUGUGACGUGAUGUGUGUGAGAGCUCAUAGGGAGCAGACAGGAGGAGGAGAGUCAGACUCAUCUCCCAAGAAGGCAAACAUGAGCCAGCAGCAGCUGAGCAGCUCACCUUCCCUCAAACCUUUCUUCCUCAAGACACCUGUCCAGGUGAGCAGCCCGCUGAGACAGAGGAGACACACGCUGCCCGCCAGCGAGUUUAGGAACCUGACGCCUCAGGACGCCAUCAGUGUCUUUGAGAUCGAGAGAGAAGAUUUAUUCCAGCUGGUCGCCUUCAUCAUUGGAACGGGUUGGGACAAAAAGAGGCUUUCACAGGAGGCCAUGACCCGCCACGUGGCGUCCACAUCCACGGUGCACAUCCACGUGCUGUCAGUGCAUCAUCAAUGUCGCCAGCAAGGCAAAGGCUCCAUCCUGCUGUGGCGUUACCUGCACUACCUGCAGCACCUGCGCUGCAUGGCCACGCCCCGCAGGGCUCUGCUCAUCUGCGAGGACUUCCUGGUGCCCUUCUACCUGAAAGCCGGCUUCAAGGAGAAAGGCCCGUCGGCCAUCAGCGUGUCCAACAUGCACUUCAGGGAGAUGGAGUACCUGCUGGCGGGUCACGCCUACGCCCGGCGGAACAGCGGCUGCUAGCAAACACUUCAAUGUGGACAUGAUCAGCAAUCUUCACCAAGACUUUGCUCACUUCAUUGACAUUGACAACACCCGAGGAGCUUGUGGCUGCUGCCACAUCAUUAUUAAGAAAAAACGACCGACAGGAAGGCCAGAAACACUUUUUAUUUCAACAGACUCUCGCAAAACUCCAAAGACCGACCACACACUUCCUGUCUUCACAAUAAAAGCCCUGCUCCAUCCUGCCUGCGCUAACAAAAUAAGAGUCUCAGAAAGCUAGCAAGCUAAGGAGUUUGUAUUUCUUGUAAAGUGUAUAAAAAGGAGUAUGGAAGCUGGACAUUUUCAUGUGGUAUUUGACAGAAAGGAGGACUUUUUUUCUCCUCCAUUGGAAAAUGUGGAGGUUAUCAUCACUAACUGUCUGAUUCCUAUCAAUGCAAGUCAUCAACUUAUAUUCUUGUCUUCAUGAAAGUGUCUUAUACAUGCUUGUAUUAGCAUUAAACACCUUUACCUUCUUAACCUCUUUCAUAAAUAAAUGAAUAUAAAUGAUAUAUAUGAAUGUUAACCUCUCUUUCAUAAAUAAAUGAAUAUAAAUGAUAUAUAUGAAUAUUAACCUCAUAAAUAAAUGAAUAUAAAUGAUAUAUAUGAAUGUUAACCUCUCUUUCAUAAAUAAAUGAAUACAAAUGAUAUAUAUGAAUAUUAACCUCAUAAAUAAAUGAAUAUAAAUGAUAUAUAUGAAUGUUAACCUCUCUUUCAUAAAUAAAUGAAUACAAAUGAUAUAUAUGAAUAUUAACCUCAUAAAUAAAUGAUAUAUAUGAAUGUUAACCUCAUAAAUAAAUGAAUAUAAAUGAU